AUGUUCACCUGUAUCUCUUGCAGGGUCGCGUUCGAGACAGCUGCCGAGCAGCGAUCUCACUUCUCCACCGAUUGGCACCGAUAUAACAUGAAACGUCGAGUGGCCAAUUUACCGCCUGUAGCUGCUGAAUCUUUCAACGAAAAGGUAUUGGAAAGGAGGGAGCAAAACGCAGUAAGAACAGAUCCAAGGAGUCUGUCUUGUGCCUCUUGCAGCUCCGCUCCUCACUCAGACCAUCAUACUCCUCAGAACUCUUAUAAUGCCCCGUCAACCGACGUCGGGCACGCACCUUCAGAUUCGGAGAGCGAGGAGGAAGAGGAUGGUGAUUUCUCCGCUCGAAUAGCCAAAGCUCGUAGGCGAAUUCAACCCACCGACUGUCUCUUCUGCCCAUCCAAUCACAACUCGGUCGACGACAACACAAGACAUAUGGCCAAGUCCCACAGCUUUUUCAUCCCAGAUCAAGACAUCCUCUUGGACCUUCCUGGUCUCUUAUCAUAUCUAGGUGAAAAAGUAGCAGUUGGAAACCUCUGUCUGUACUGUCCAAACGGUGGUCGCGAAUUCGGAAGUUUAGAAGCCGUAAGGAAACAUAUGGUGGAUAAAGCUCAUUGCAAAUUGGCAUACGAGACGGAGGAGGACAGGGCAGAGCUGGCAGACUACUACGACUUCGCAGGAUCGGACGAGACGGCAGAUUCGGACUGGGAAGAUCUGGAGGAUAACAUGUCAGACGUGUCUCAAGAAAAUCCAAUGCCAGACCAGAUCAAGCAACAACGUCAGAUAUCGCUUGCUCCUGACGGGCUGUCACUUGUGUUGCCGUCUGGUCGUACUUUGGGUCAUCGUUCGUUGAAAAUCUACUAUUCUCAGCGACUCCGACCAGUCCUUCAGCACGAUACUUCCACCUCAGCAAUCAGUGCAGCAAAGGUUGCUCUUGUUCGGCAGCGAUUGGCAGAUCCAUCGCUCGCAUUGGUCCCAGUCGCCGGUGGUCACGGUGCUUUCGGUCGUGGUCAAGAGCUGAUGAAAGCUCGGAAUGCGGGUGAAGCUAAGUGGGCCAAACGUCAAGGCCGAUCUUUCAAGGAUCAAAGGCUCAAAGAGCAAUUCAAAACUAAAGUGGGUUAUGUACACAACAAUCAAAAACAUUUCAGAGACCCUUUAUUACAAUAA